UUCCGGUUUCCCAUCAUGCUUUGAGUCCAUCCAUACACGUGAAGGUCAGGAACUGUAAUAUCUGUAGUUUAAUAUCACGUAUUUGUAGAUUUGAAAUAAAUCAUGGACAGCCAAGGAGCAACGGCUGACCCUCAGCUACAGCAAUUUAUCGAAGUUGAGUCUCAAAAACAAAGGUUUCAGCAGUUGGUGCAUCAGAUGACAGAAGUCUGUUGGGAGAAAUGCAUGGAGAAGCCUGGCCCAAAGCUAGACUCCAGGACAGAAGUCUGCUUUGUGAACUGCGUAGAACGUUUCAUUGACACUAGCCAGUUCAUCCUCAACCGACUGGAACAAACUCAGAGGGGCCGGGGAUCAUUCUCGGAGUCCAUGUCCGAAUAGCAGAUUCUUCCACAAAUGGACACAGGACACAGAUGGCCACUGGCUUUCACGCAUAGCCAUGCCACAUUUCUAUAUGGUGCAAUGAGAACCAAAAGGAAACAUGGAAGUGUUACUAUUGAUAAGUGCCUCAGAUUAGGUUGUUGUAUAUUGUCACCAAGAUUAGUAUGGACUAAUUUUCUCUUGCAUAAUAGGAUAUGUGUGGUAACAAUGUGAAGUUAGAUUGAAAGUUCAUGUCUGUGAAGUCCAAAAAAAAGGGUCCAUGCCCCCUUAAAGUUGAUAUUAUGAACAAGGCAUCUGCUCUAGUAGAGUUCCUGGUUCACAUGGCUGGUGAAAAACCUGAGACCUGAUGCCAGACCAUGACAUCUGAGAGACACACUGCACUCCUAUUUAAGACAUCGGGAGCUCUACAGGUUAAGCACCUCAGUAAGAAAUGAUGGUGUGUGGUUGGAAAAUAAUUGCAUGGUUUAAUUCUAAAUCAAAUGUUUUACUGAACAUACGCAAUAAAAAGUAUUAUGUAUGGUU